UUUUUAGAGUGGUUGUUGUUUAAUAUUUAGGAAUAAGUUGCUGGGACAUUUUGUACAGCCUCUCACCACAAGGAGUAAUACACAGAGACGGUUAUACGCCACAGAUCACAACUUCCAACCAAACAGAGAGGACGCAUCUCCAGAUUUGUGAUUAUGGAAACCAAAACUAAUAGUAGAAUGGACACUGUGAACACUUCUCUCGCUGAUUCCACAGAGAUGAGGAUGGAAGUAAGUAAUUUAAUGGAGAAAUAUACGGACGGGAGUUUUGGGCACGGCAGUGUCUCCGUGCGUAAUUUUGGACAUGCGGGAUCUUUACGCGGCUGCGCACCUGGAACAAGCAGCGACUCUCUGGAUCAACUAUCUAUGCUUGACUUGCCUCUCGGUACUAAAACGUAUACUGAUCACAUAGAUGAAUUUCUGAAAAUCGAAACCGGACAGUGGAGCGCAAAAGCGCUUUUGCCGAAGGAGACAGAUUUUCCAGAGAGUUCGUUUAUCAAAGAUGAGAAAGAACAGUCUCUCAUUAUGGAGCCAACCAACACUGAUUUCGACAUAAGCGCCUUAGAAAGCUGCUACGACUCUACCGAAAGGAAACAGCUGUGUGGGUUUAUAGAAGAGUAUUCCGCUUUGCUUUCAUCUCAAGCUGCCCAACAGGUAGUUGUGGACAGUUCCUCUAACUUUCAGUUGGACAUGAAUCAAUCUACAUUGGUUUUGCCACCUCCGAGAAGAGUAUCGCCUUCUUUAGGCAGGGGUAUGCUGAAUUUCGAUGGAACAAGCGCAGCUCCCAUGAUGUCCAAAUCGGACGUUUCGAAAUGGGUUUCCCCCGCGAGCUCCCCGUUCUGGUAUCAGUCCACUAAUGUGAAUGACGAGCACGCUGUAUACUCUUCAGCAGAUGGCGUCAUCCCGCGCUCACAGACAGUCUACUCUGCUUUCUCAGGGGUUCCACCUCAAAGACUGUGUGUUAUAUGUGGAGAUGAGGCUUCGGGUUGUCACUAUGGAGUUCUUACCUGUGGAAGCUGCAAGGUGUUUUUCAAGAGAGCUGUUGAGGGUCACCAUAACUACCUGUGUGCGGGACGAAAUGACUGCAUUGUUGAUAAAAUCAGGAGAAAAAAUUGUCCCGCAUGUCGUCUUAGAAAGUGCUACCAGGCAGGGAUGAUGCUUGGAGGCCGUAAGAUGAAGCGGUUUGCAAGUAUGAAGGUCACGGGGUUGAGUCCAUCACUGAUGUUCCAGGGUCCGUUAACCCUGCUGGCUGAUGGUCAAACUGUGUCCUCCCUGCCCGGUAUGCCAGCCAUCCGUGAGCUGCAACUGGCCCCGCAGAUGAUCAGCAUUCUGGAGGGCAUUGAGCCACAGGUGGUCUACUCUGGCUACGACAGCUCGCAACCAGAGCUUCCCCACAUUCUCCUCAACAGUCUCAACAGACUCUGUGAGAGGCAGCUGCUCUGGAUUGUCAGAUGGUCCAAGUCUCUUCCAGGUUUUCGCAAUUUGCACAUCAACGACCAGAUGACGCUAAUCCAGUACUCCUGGAUGGGUUUAAUGUUGUUCUCGCUGGGCUGGAGAACAUUCCAGAAUGCCACCUCUGAUUACCUGUACUUUGCACCUGAUCUUGUCUUGAGCCAGGAUCAAAUGAGGAGGUCUCCGAUCUACGACUUGUGCUUGGCUAUGCAGUUUGUUCCACAAGAAUUCGCUAACUUGCAAGUGACCAAGGAAGAGUUUCUGUGCAUGAAGGUUUUGAUGCUCCUCAACACUGUUCCUCUGGAGGGCCUGAAGAGUCAAUCGCAUUUUGAUGAAAUGAGACAGAGCUACAUCUGUGAGUUGGUGAAAGCCAUCCAGCUGAAGGUGAAAGGAGUGGUGGCCAGCUCACAGAGAUUCUACCACCUGACCAAGCUCAUGGACACCAUGCAUGAGAUUGUGAAGAAGGUCAAUCUCUACUGUCUGAACACAUACAUCCAGGCGGACGCCAUGAAGGUGGAGUUUCCAGAGAUGAUGUCAGAGGUCAUUGCAUCACAGCUGCCAAAAGUGCUGGCGGGCAUGGUCAGACCCCUCCUGUUUCACAACAAGUGAAGCCAUGUGAUCCAGACAGUAUGCUUGGGUCUGUGACUCCUCGUGUCUCUGGUGUACGUGUAUCACAUCUAGUUAAUGUAGACACACAUCUUUCCAUAUACAAUUCCUCUGCUUUUAAUAGUCAUAAGUUCUGAUCUGAUGUGUUAUUUGAAAAUCAACAAUUUUUCAAUAGGAGAAAAACAAAAUAAAAAACAAUCUUUCACAGUCGAAUUGUAAAGAAAGUAUAUACUCUGCUAUAUUAUUAAACCUGCUUUUGCAUUUUACAAAUCAUGACAAUCUAACUUAAGACUGUGUUCACACUUGGCAGUUUGGAUAGAUUAAAAUGAACUCUGGUGCGAUUGCUCUGUUAGUGCGGUUCAUUUGAAUUUUGAACACUGCCAUUUGAACUCUGGUGCACACCAAAACACACUGUAAACCCUAAUGCUCAAAAUACUUAAUUGGUUUGAGUAGGAUGAACUUAAAUUAAACAAAUUAGUUCAGUUUAAUUAACUGUUAUGAGUAUUUAGAACUUUCUUUUUCUUUUGAGU